CUAUGAUGGUGCCAUGGAAGCACCGAGCCGUCGUUCCGUCGAAUCAGUACUGUGUGUGACGGACGGCAGGCCUGACACAAAGCGUUCCCGGAUCGUUCGGUCAGGUUCCUAAUCUACCUAGGCGGUAUCGUGUGUGUUGCAGUCGGUUGGACCGGACUGUAUAGUGUUGUGAAGCUUUGUUUUUUUUUGCGUGAGCGGUUCGCGAUUUUUUCUACUCUUGGUGCACUUUAAAAUUUACCGGUGGAGACUAGGGUGGAGAUCGAUUCGAGAACAGUCGCGCGCGGUCAGCUGUUCCCCGGUCCGGAUUGUGGACGGUUUUCGGCGGAAUCGAAUCUUGGAGUUAUUGUUGAAGGUUGUUGAUUUUUCGGAAACCAAAACAGGAAGACCUGCAUUUUAGUGCUUGGGUUUUAAUGCUAGGCGAUUUUUGUGAACAACGAAAAUGCACACGUGUGAGCAUCAGAACGGAUGCAGAGUUGGUGAUGUUCCGGUGUUUUGAGUUGGGAUUGGAGAAAGGGAGUGAGCCAGUAGUCUGAGCGAUAUUAAUAGAAUUAUUGAUGAUACACAGUUAAUAAUUUAAUUGGUGGAGAAGUGCGAUCGUGCUGGUUGGUUGACACGACGAAGAAAGAACGUGAAAAGAGAAUCGAAGAAGAGCACACUUCAGUGCGUGCAGUGCAGCUCUGCGAUCGGUCGUUUCGUUGGGCAAAGAAGACGAGAAGCAAGAGAAAGUGAAAAGGCAACAAUAAUUAGGUGCACACAUAAAGUGUACGUGAAACGGGCUCACCAUAAUAAGCUCGCAUGGUCUUACUCGCGGGUGAAUCGACGAAGCUGAAGAAGAAGAAAUCGGCAAUGUGUUAAACGGCGAGUGGCAGCAAAUGUCCAAGUAUCAGCGAAGUGAGCGCGUAAGGCCUGAUGUGUGAUGUUAUUUUUAAGUGAAUGAAAAAUUAGAGGCAAUUUUGUGCGAACGGCGAACUGCCGCCACACGUGAAGUGAGAACGAUUUAAUUGUCAAAAUAGAAAUUAGGCGGAUGAAAUUCCACUAAUUGGAGGAUAAUUCAAGCGUGGUCGGCAGACAGGGACGGGAGUUGAACGCGAGCCAGCGCCUGCUUAGGAAGUUACUCACGGGAGUGAUUGGUGCGUGACGGUGUUGACUGGGUCACUGCGGUUGUCAUCAUCAAGAGCAGUUUUUUUGCUUCUCAUUCGCUCAUCAAGUUACCCGGUGAUUCACAUACACACAUGGCGUGCGUUUGAUUCAAGCCGACCGAACCACGGCGAAGAAGACGACGGCAACGACGUAAACUCGAAAAUUGAAUCAUCACUGCCGUAAUCGAUAGACAACUCAGAAACACAACACUUCCAUCGAACAGGUGCACAUCAUAAGUCACCACAAUGACGACGAAUUGAGUGGAACCAAUCGCCUCAAAGUUUCACCGCGCUCGUUGCGAACAACGACAAACAACGCCAUCGUGGCGUGCCGGUUUCCUGUGUGACAAAACCAUCGACAACAACUGUGCGUGAUAGUGAUCUCCGUCUAGGUACCUACAAGGUGUUUCCCGCGGGUGCCGGAAACGGAAAACACUAGGUGUGUGCCAGGUUUCUGUUAUUGUGUCGGCUGUGACCAAGAUGACUGUGCAAAGUCAAAGAAGCAGAAUGACGUCAGCAUUCCCGAUGGUGGUGGUUACGCUACUGCUGUUGGCAUCGACUUCGAUCCAGUUGACAAACGCUCAAUUCAGAUCCCCGCGAAUAACGGAACACCCAAGCGACGUCACCGUCCCUAAAGGAGACCCAGUAACCCUGAACUGCCAAGCCGAGGGCAAACCACCGCCAGUCGUCCAGUGGUUCAAAGAUGGCGAUCCGGUCAAGCUGGACUCGAACCACGUGCUCCUCCCCGCCGGAUCGUUGUUCUUCCUGCGAACCCUCCACAGCAAGAAGGAACAGGACGACGGCAUCUAUUGGUGCGUGGCCAGCAACAAAGCCGGAACGGUCCACAGUCGGAAUGCCACCCUGCAGGUGGCCGUUCUACGGGACGACUUCCGGGUGGAACCGAAAAAUACCCGGGUGGCUGCUGGGGAGACGGCACUGCUGGAAUGUGGCGCUCCGCGGGGAAAUCCGGAACCAAGUAUAAGCUGGAAGAAGGAUGAUGUGCUGUUGGAUCUGGAUGACUACCGGGUCAGCAAGGAUCUGGCCCGCAUCAGGAUUGUGGAUGGUGGGAAUCUACUGAUCAGCGAUGUUCGACCGGGGGACGCUGGGCGGUAUCAGUGCGUGGCGCAGAACAUGGUUGGAUCGCGGGAGAGCACUUAUGCCAAGCUCGCCGUGCAAGUGAAACCAUACUUCAUCGCCAAACCGAGUGACGUCACGGUCCUGGAAGGGAACCGAGUCCAGUUCCAGUGUGCCGUGGGAGGAGAUCCGUUUCCGCAGGUUCUGUGGAGCAAGGAGAAUGGGCACAUUCCCGUCGGAAGGGCCGAGAUACUGGAGGAAGAUCGAAGCUUGGUCAUCCGGAAUGCCACGCCGGACGAUCGGGGCCAGUACAUUUGCGAGGCGCACAACUCGGUCGGGCAGAUCAGUGGCCGGGCGAAUUUGGCCAUUAAUACUCCACCAAGUUUCACGGUGCGGCCCCAGGAUCAACGGGUGGUCCCCAAUGGGAUGGCCUCGUUCCGAUGCGGUGCCACCGGAAACCCAGCGCCGUCGGUGUUCUGGACCAAGGAAGGCUCCCAGACACUGAUGUUUCCGAACAAUACCUACGGGAGUUUGCAGAUUUCCGGCCAGGGGACGCUCCAGAUUCGGGGCGUCCAGCGGGAGGACGAAGGCUACUACGUGUGCUCGGCACUGAGCGUGGCGGGGUCCGUCACCAGUCGGGUGUAUUUGCAGGUCACCUCAUCUCUGGACUCCAUCACGCCUCCACUACUCCAGCUGGUUCCAACGAACCAAUCCCUCGCAUCUGGUUCAAGCACCAUCCUUCCGUGCCGCCUCGCACCAACCUCCACCAAUGGUCAAAGCAACUCAGUAGUGGACGAUGGACGCAUCACCUGGCUACGGAACGGCUUCGAGCUAUCUCCAGCAUCCUCGACGCGAUUCUCCCAGCUGCCAGCCGGAUCCCUCAUGAUAGACGAUCUGCAAGUCCAGGACAGUGGUUGGUAUCGGUGCAUUGCCCGAGUCGGAAGCAUGGUGGCAUCGUCUGCUUGGAGUGCGUACUUGACGGUUGAAGACAAUCUUCCCAGCUCUCAGCAGCGUGCCUUCAACAGUGACCUACUGCCUGCAGCUCCCGGCUCACCGAAAGCCCUCAACAUUACCAACAGCAACGUUACCCUAGCCUGGCCAAUCCGAAGCACCAACGCACCCCCAUCGGACAAAUCCCGCUCGUCCCUCACCUACACCAUCGAACAGUUCUGCCUGGACGACAGCAGCCAAACCACCUCGCUUCCACCCUCAUCAGCAUCCACUUCAUCCCACCCAGAGGAAUACGACGCCGGAGGAUGGCAAAUCUCGCUCCGACAGCUGGCUGGCAACACUGCCACCGUCACCGGGCUCCGUCCGGAUGCGUCCUACCUCUUCGUCGUUCGAGCGGAAAAUGCGUACGGUUGUUCGGGACCAUCUGCCGUCUCGGUUCCGAUUCGCACGCUCACGUCGGACGACCGGGUCACCGUGCCGGCCGAGAUGGAAAGCGCCCGGAACGUCCUCAGCGGGAAGAUUCUGGAAUUAAUCGACAUCAUCCCCCUAUCAUCGACAUCGGUUCGACUGGAAUGGCUCCUGCACGUAAGCAGCUCGGAACAGUACGUCGAAGGAUUCUACGUUCGCUACCGAGAACUAGACUCCCCCACUCAACGCUACUCAAUGCUUUCGAUCCCGAACAACGAAAUCGAACAGCACGUCAUUACCAACUUAGCCAAGUUUACGAAGUACGAGUUUUUCCUGACGCCAUUUUUCAAGAAUCUAGAAGGUCAACCCAGCAACGCGCGUAUCGUGCAAACCAUGGAAGAUCUACCCUCAAUUGCCCCGGGGAAUAUCCAAACCGGGAUGUUGAACCUCACGGCAGGAUGGGUUCGGUGGAGUCCUCCACCGAAGGAUCAACUCAAUGGGAUUCUACAGGGGUACAAGAUCCAAGUCAAGGCUGGGAACAUCUCGAAACUGCUAGCGCAGAUGACACUGAAUGCUACGACGACUUCCGUCAUGUUAAACAACUUGACAACUGGGUCGAGUUAUGGUAUUCGAGUCGGAGCGUUCAACCGGGUUGGGCUGGGUCCGUACUCCAAGCCGGUUCACCUGACGAUGGAUCCCUCGUUCGUGAUCGUUCCGCAAGGAGUUCACAAUAGUUAUAAUGACUACGAUGACUUCCGGCACCAUAACUUCCUGCACGAGACGUGGUUCAUGAUCUUUGUGGUGCUAUCAUUGUUCAUCAUUCUGCUGUUCACGGUCGUCGGCGGAGUGAUCUUCUUCAAGCGGCGACAGGGACUGGGUAAACCGGUGGUAACGGUUCCGAUUGGGGCUAGACGUGAUCUGCCAAGUUUGAGCGUUUCGCGGAAGGAUAACAGCAUUUGGAUUGACCGGGGGUGGAGGACAUGUGAUACGGAUAAGGAUUCUGGGUUGAGCUCGAUUAAGUUACUGGAAGGACACCAGAUCUUUCCGAACCAAGCGCUGUCCGAUGGGGGUACGGAUUAUGCGGAAGUUGACCCAAGAGGUGUCACUUCUUUCUAUAACUGCAGAAAGUCACCUGAAAGUCCGACUCCGUAUGCCACCACAAUGAUCAUCAACGGGAUUCCUCACAGCGAUAACGGUGACCUGGGCUAUCAAGGUCAUGACACUUUUUCGUCCACGUCUUCUAGUUUUCGAUCAUUCUACGGAUACCCUCGGCCUAUCAACAGUAAUCAAGUUCCUCCCAACUGGGUCGACUAUCUUCCACCACCGCCGGAGCAUCCUCCUCCGGCGCCUCAGCCGCUGGACAUCAACCAGCUGAACCACGUGUACCCCUCGGAGCUGGUCGGAACCAUGUCCAGCUCGCAAGCCAGUUCCUACUGUUCGCGACGGACCAGUGGCUACAAGUGAGACCUGGCCCCCCAUCGCACCCACCAACACUACCUGAUCAGUCCAACAACGGAUGCCUUCCCGCCGAGCCAUUUCUUCUACUAGCAGCAGCAGCGAUCGCCAUCCACGGUCCUGGUGAAGGCGUCCGGUAGUGACCCGAUGUUAACGACAUUCACUUUUCGCGGAUUUCAAUCUAAGUAGAGAAAUGUUAAGAAAAAAAAAAACGAAAGAACUAUAACGCACAUGGAAGGAGGCAUGACCUGUCCGACAAUCACUUCAAAGCCGCCCCUUCGAAGAUUCUCCGCGAAAGAUAGUUAACAUCCGAUCAUAGUUGCGGGCUGGAAGCAAUUGAGCCCUUGUGAUAACCAGCAGGCACAUUCUCCGAAUUGAGCAUUCCCACCUCCAGACAAGGGAACGAUUCUUGCGAUGAUACGUGCUGUUGAAUGAAUUCACUAACUUCAAAUUGGUGAAUCUUUUGCCACACAACGAGGUGACAUUGCUGCCAUUAGGAUAUAAUUUAGUGACAAGAAAGAAAAAAAAAACUACCACAUUUAUUGAAACUAUUUACACGAAAAGCUUCAAAAGCACUGAUUAGACUUACCGAAAUGCAACCAAAAAACAAACGAACGAAACCCGACUAGAGACAACACAGAUGAGUAGUGAAUAUAUUUAUUUUAUGUAAAUGCAAACUUUGAUUGGACAUAUGCAACAGAUGCCAAUAAAUAGAUCUCAGAAAUUAGAAACUUGAA